GACGUGCCCGACCAAGGGCCAGCGGCAGCGACAGCGGCGGCGCGCGGCGGCGGCGGAGCCACGACGGGGCGGUCCAGGCCAGACCUGUUCGGCGCGCCGCCGGGCGCCACGGCGAGCGGCGGCGGCCUGGACGUCUCCGCGCCGGCGCACAGGCAGCCGAGCGGUGGUGGGGACGUGCUCCAGGGGCUCAUGCGGCAGCAGCAGGAGAUGUUCCGGCAGCAGCAGGCCGCGCUCGGCAGGCUGCAGGAGGAGACGGAGCAGCUGCGGAGGGAGAAGGAAGAGGCACGACUGAACCUCCUUGACCUGAAGACGAGGCAGCUCGAGGAGAAG